CAUUUUGACUGCUAGUGCUGCUAGUGUCGUUCGAAAAGGUUUUCGCAUCUUUAGUUUUCGUUCAGUCGUGAUUGAGUGCUGAGCAUAGAGAUAAAGAAAAAAAUUCUAACCGGUAGCCGAGUACACUUUAUACACACUAAAUAAAAUGUUCGGUUUAUCAAUGAGAGUUACACAAUUUGUGAAUAAGUGAAACCCGUGGUCAGUGCCUUUAAGUUACUUUUAAUUUGUGAUUUUUUUUAAGAAAACGAUUUCGGAUUUAGUGAAUUUUAUAGAUAGUGUCUUUCGCACCGACAAGAUGAUGAUUCACUCUGCUCACCUUCGUGUUACAAAUUAAAUUGAUUUUCGAUUAGUGAUUCGUCAAUUCACUUACAUAUUUUGAGAUUUAAUAAAAAAAGAGAGAAUUAUUUCCGAUGUUUUGAACUGUAUAAUCCAGUUGAGCACUAACAAUUCCACCAAACAUCGACACUGAUUUGUUGUCCUUUGUUUUUCAGUAUACGAAACAGUCAACUUACUGUACAAAGCGAAAAAAAAGUUCACGACGAAUUUUGUAAAAGAAAUAAAAUAGAAAAAAAAAUGGAAAUGUUUGACAUAAGAAGUGUUUGUUCCAUUAGAACAAUGUGUGGCAUAGUGUGUCUAUGGUUAGGAUUAUCAUUAAUGCAAUUGCCGUUUACGUCGGCAUUAGCUGAUCAAACAAAAGCCGGAGUUCCACCGAAAGUGAUUGGUAGCGGGCCAAAUUGUACGAACGUGAGAUCAUUGUUUGAGUCGAGAGGGAUUAAUUCGAAUGACGUGCCAUCAGAGGCGAUUAAUGAUAUGGUACCGCGAUACUGUGAACCAUCAUCGGGAACAUGUUGCACUUACAGUAUGGAAACGAAAUUGGCUGGAUUGUCGCGAAUGCAGCUGGAAAAAAAUACCAAAGAAUCUAUAGGCAAAUUGGCGUCGGUGUUAGCGACCAGAGCGAUUAAAUUUAACGAUUUCUUCAAGGAUCUGCUAGCUGAAUCGAAAAAGGAAUUUCACGCCAUGUUCAAACGUACAUACGGUGUGAUCUACGAGCAAAAUUCGUACGUCUUUUCCGAUCUGUUCAACGAACUGGAAAACUAUUACAUCCGCGGCAAGGUCGAUCUGUCCGAGGCAAUGGACUCGUUUUUCAACACAUUGUACCAAAAAAUGUUCACCGUGCUGAAUUCGCAGUACACGUUCGACGAUAAGUAUUUGGGUUGCGUCAGCGAGCAUAUGAAAGAGCUGAAACCGUUCGGUGACGUACCUGAUAAGCUAUCCGUUCAGAUCAAACGUUCAUUUGUAGCGACACGUACGUAUGAACAGGCACUGGCGGCCGCUGCAGAUGUUGCCAAAAAUAUGAUCAAUGUUCGUCCCGGAGCCGAUUGUACGGUUGCUUUAACAAAAAUGCAACAAUGUGGUGCCUGUAAAGGCUUCACCGAGAAACCGUGCUCCAACUAUUGUGUCAAUGUGAUGAAGGGCUGUUUGCACUAUUACAACGAAAUCGACGCUGAAUGGGAUAACUUUGUGCAGUCGAUGGAAAAGGUGUCUGAACGAUUGCUGGGACCGUUCAACAUUGUGAUGGUAGUGGAACCGAUCAACAUUAAAAUAUCCGAGGCGAUAAUGAAUUUCCAGGAGACGGGACAGGACAUAUCACAACAAGUUUUUCAUGGCUGUGGACGACCGCAAUUGGGUCGACGACGACGAGCAAUAAGUUCAAAAUUUUUUACGUCCGAAGUGAAAUAUUUCGAUGAGAUCGACGGUGAUUCGGAUAAUUUUUCGUUUGACGAAAGUGAAGCGGCGAAAAGUGGUGAAAGUGAUCGAGUGAAACGAACAGCUGAACCAGCUAAUCGGGAAUUGCAAUUCGAACCUUUACACUUUUCCAAUAAGGACGAUGCCGACAGUUCAAACAAUAAUAACGGCAACAACAAGGGUAGAAGAAAGAACAACAAGAAAAAGCCGCAGAUGUCGGUGAAGAGUGACGAUGAAACCGAUGAAAAUAAGGAACCCGUUCUAGACAAAUUGGUUAAGGACAUUCGUCAGAAAGUGAAAGAUUCCAAGAAAUUCUGGUCAAAUCUUCCAUUCCAAAUUUGCAACCACGAAGACUUCUCCGUACCGCCAGGAAUCGAAGCAAAUUGUUGGAACGGUUACACCAUCGACAGGUAUCCGCACUCGAUAGUUACGGACCAAGGAACCAAUCCAGAAUUUACAUCGACUGUUGGACCACCACGCCAAAGCUCACUGAUUGCCGGACAAUUAUUCGCACUGAGAAACGCUGUCGGUCAUCUUAGGAAUGCAUACAACGGACUCGAUGUUGAGUGGACCGAUGUUGAAGAGCCAUAUUACGGCGGUUCCGGUUCCGGAUCUGGUGCCGGCGAUGACGACGACGACGAUGACUCCGGUUCGGGUCUCAGUCCGUACGACUAUCAUCCACGGAUGCCCGAUCACACUGACAUCAACAAUGUUGGCAUCAAUACGAUACCGGGAAGCAACAGUGGCGUUACGAAUGGCACAAAGGAGAUCGGACACGGUGACAAUCAUCCGUCGUCGACGGAUGGCACCGAUGAUGGCGAUAGUAGUUCGACCACACGAAUACCGCCAAUGUCGUUCCAGCGAGCAUUGCUCACCUAUUUCUUCCCCGUUUAUAUGGCGUGGUUUGGCAGAAUUUUCUGUGAAUUGCUGUGAUCUAUUUAAGAGAGAUAUUAGGAACGACCGAUAUAAGAUAGGGAACAAACAAAAAAAGUUGAGAUAAAGUUGAGUUGCACAAGCUUGUGCGUAGUAAAGCGACGGCAGCACAGGUCAAUGUAGUUUUUUUUGUUAACAAAAGAAAAUUCGUUUCCCAAAAUGUUUACGAUGUGGACGAAAGUGAUUACAGGCAAAAUUUAGGAUUUUUUUAUUAUUAAAUAAAUUGUGUCCGCGAUGUACAAUGGUGUAAAAUUAUAUAUGUGUGUGUGUCCCAUUUGUGUAUGGAUAUGGUGCGUACGAAUAGCGUUUGGUGUGACCUCUAAUGUAUACUUUCUUUGUAAUCCGAAUGACUGAUUUAUUAUAUGUAAAAUGGAAAGAAUAAUUUAAGACUAAAAAAAAAUUAAUUAAUUUAAAGCUGAGUUGAUCAGCUGACAAUGUGUCACUCGUCGUAAUGUCUCACCCCAUUAAAUUGAAGCAAAAUGUAAUUUCGUCGUUUCGAUACAUUUGAAGGCGAAAUCGAAGCAAAGAAAAACUUUUCUAACUCAAUCCACCUCUGAACAUCCAACAUUUGACUGCUGCAUUUCGACAAACGAAUUCUGUGAUUCGAGGCCCAAAAUGUUUGAUCGUCGGACAUUCAUUUGUCUUGGAAAACUCCACUCAUUUUCAAAAAAUUAGAAGAAAUCGGAGAAUUACAAAGAACUGGGAGAAUUUCGUGGAGAAAUGAACUGUCAAGCGUCAAGGUCUUGCUGUGAUCGUUUUUAAUCGGAGUCAUUGGAUGGAUGUUCAGUAAGUGGAGAGAUUUUCGAGUGAAUUUCGCUGGUGACUGAAAUUAUUGGAGAAAAUUUAAUUCGUUUGUAGUUAGCUAAAAAAAUGACUGAUAGAUAAAACGACCAGUCAAACUAUUGUGUCAGUGCCAUGAAGAUAUAGAUGAGAGCAUUCUUCAUAGAUCCAAAAUUCGGUCCGGGUUUGGUUGACAUAUCGGUGAAAUUCACUAAUCGAUUUUCGUUGAAACGAGACAUUUUUUGUUGCCAGCUUCACACUGCCCAAGGUUCGGGUUGAUCUGUUUCAAUUCACAUUGAUCCGGACCGGAUUUCAUUCCGAACUGACCUAAAAUUUCAGGUUCGACCCGAACUUCAUCUGAGCCUGAAAUUUUUCGAUUUCGAUUUCAACGUUCAACCAGAACCUGAAUUGUUUCGACCCAAAUCUGAACUUUUACUUUCGGGUUUGACCCGAUCCCGAGAUUUUCAGGCUAGAUUACGGAAAAUUUCGGG